GGCGCCGGGUCCGGGUCCGCGCCCCUCCCCACCGCUGCGGGCCCUGGAGCCACGCCUGACCGAGGUGCUGCAGGGGCACGGGUGGCCCAGCCUGCGGGAUGACGCCGCGCGGAACCGCGACCCUGGCGCUCCACGCUGCGCUCCUCCCCUGGCCCAGCCUGCCUAGGUGCCCCGGCAGGUAGAGCGUUGAGAGGAGCACGGAGGAGCUCCUUGGGUGACAGGGCCUGGCCUGGCAGGUCCAGCCCAGCAGAAAUUCACAGCGUCUAGGGAGAAUGGUGAGGAUCUUGGCCAAUGGGGAGAUCGUUCAGGAUGAUGACCCCCGAGUGAGGACUACCACCCAACAGAGGAAUAGCAGCCCCCGGCAGGGCUUUUUCAACAGAGGCCACAGUGCACCUCCAGGGGGCCCUGGACCCCACCAGCAGCAGGCAGGUGCCCGACUGGGUGCUGCCCAAUCUCCUUUCAGUGACCUGAACCGGCAGCUGGUGAACAUGGGCUUCCCACAAUGGCAUCUUGGGAACCACGUGGUAGAGCCUGUGACCUCCAUCCUCCUGCUCUUCCUGCUCAUGAUGCUAGGGGUUCGUGGCCUCCUGCUUGUGGGCCUGGUCUACCUGGUGUCUCACCUGAGCCAGCGGUGACCUCCAGGGCCUCAUGAGGCAGGCAGUGUUCAGUAGGAUCGACUGGGCUUCGAAUGAGAUCACGUACAGGGGGAGGGAGCUUGGGUGUGCUCAGGUAUGAUGGACGUGAGACUGUGAGUGUAGAUCUUCCCCCACCGCAGGAGGCAGAGGGACUCUCUGGGCCAGCAUUGCUGAAAAAAAUAGAAUCCCGUGUUUUUCUGGAAUGUUUUUAGGGGACAUAGGGUCUCCAUUACAAAGCACAAGCCAGAGUAAGAAAGGCUUAGUAUGUUGUAUUCUCCCAGAGCACAAGUCCUCCUCCAGGCCCAAACCCAGAGCUUAAAGCAGCUGGGAACUGUCCAGUUUUAUAGCAUUCCUUCAUUUUGUCUUUUUAUCCACUACCUUUAUUUAUGAGGAGGGAUAUUGGCAUUCUGUGUGUUAUGAUCUUUCCUUUUCUUUUGGUUUUCCAAGACAGAGUCUCACUGUGUAGCCUUGGCUGGCCUGGAACUCACCAUGUACACCAGGUUGGCCUUGAACUCACAGAGAUCCUCCUGCCUCUUCCGCCCAAGUGAUGGGACCAAAGGCGUGUGAUACAUGCCCAGCCAUUGUGAUAUUUUCAAUAAAUAAAUUGGAGUCCGUUUUAA